UCGCAAAUUUUUGAAUUUUUUCUUUUGGGAAUUUCAGAAGAUCCCACACUGCAGCCCCUCCUCUACGGGCUCUUCCUGUCCAUGUACCUGCUCACCGUGCUUGGGAAUCUGCUCAUCAUCCUGGCCACUGUGUCUGACCCCCGUCUGCACACACCCAUGUACUUCUUCCUCUCCAACCUGUCCUUCGUGGACGUCUGCUUCACCUCCACCACCGUGCCCAAGAUGCUGCUCAACAUCCAGACCCACAGCCAAGGUAUUAGCUAUGUGGGCUGCAUCGUCCAAAUUUAUUUCUUUACCUUAUUUGUAGGGCUAGACGACUUCCUGCUGGUAGUGAUGGCCUAUGACCGCUUCGUGGCCAUCUGUCACCCCCUGCACUACACAGUCAUCAUGAGCCCCCAGUUCUGUGUGUGGCUGGUGCUGGGGUCCUGGCUCACGAGUGCCCUGAAUGCCUUGUUACAAAGCUUCAUGGUGCAGCAGCUCUCCUUCUGCAAGGCUCUGGAAAUCCCACACUUUUUCUGUGAACCAAACCACCUGGUGCACCUGGCCUGUUCUGACACUUCCCUGAACAACAUAGUGCUGUAUUGUGUUGCUGGGCUGCUGGGUGGUGGUUCCCUGGCCGGCGUCCUGUAUUCUUAUUAUAAAAUCGUGUCCUCCAUCCGGGCCAUGUCAUCAGCUCAAGGGAAGUACAAAGCCUUUUCCACCUGCGUGUCUCACCUCUCCAUGGUCUCCUUGUUUUAUUGCACACUCCUGGGUGUGUACUUCACUUCUGUGGUGACCCAAAACCCACAUUCAAGUGCCACAGCCUCUGUGAUGUACAGCGUGGUCACCCCCAUGUUGAACCCCUUCAUCUACAGCCUAAGGAACAAAGACCUCCAGAGGGCUCUGGCAAUGUUCCUUCAGAAAGAAACGAGGCAGAUGCUCAUUGUCCUGGGUCUGAGAAAGGGCAUCUGA